CAUGGUCAGGUGCUGUAGUAAUGCAGGACAAUAUAACGAAAGCUUUUUAGAAAUCUGCAGGUGUCAGGUCCUGUAAGGCCUGCGAUAGGGAGUUAACAGUGUAUUUUAGGGUUCGUUUUUUAAAGAGGUGCGUAAUAAGAAAUCCGUCAUGGAGGAGAUGACGAUAUGGGAGCAGCACACGGUCACGUUAUCGAAAGAUUCCAGGGUGGGCUUUGGUUUUGCUGUCUCAGGUGGGCUGGACAAACCCAACCCAGUGAACGGGGACGCGGCAGUAGUGGUUUCUGAUGUGAUUCCCAGUGGUCCCGCCAUGGGCCGACUUCAGACGCGAGAUCAGAUUGUUAUGGUGAAUGGUGUGUCGAUGGAGAACGUCACUUCGCUGUACACCAUUCAGAAUCUAAGGAACUGUGGGAAGACGGCCAACAUUACUGUGAAGAGGCCGCGCACAAUCCAGAUUCCUGCCAGCAACAGACCCACUCGCUCAGCCUCGCAGUCCAACAUUUUAGACGAUAAUGGACCUCAGUACAAGGGUCAGCGGGGCACCGACACCACUCGCACCCGCCGGGCCCGAAGCGUCACUCCUGACCGCAAUGGCCACGAUCUGCCCAUCACAUCCGGAUACAAGCGGCUGCCCAAUCAGGACGUCCAGAACAAACCCAUCAAGACCACUCUGAUUAAGAAGAAGCCCACAGACGAGUAUGGAAUGAAGCUGGGGAGCCAGAUCUUCAUCAAGCACAUGACUCCUACCGGUCUGGCUGCCAAAGAAGGCUCGCUUCAGGAGGGAGAUCUGGUUUUAAAGAUUAACGGCAUGACCACGGAAAACCUGUCUCUGCUGGAGACAAAGCACUUGGUGGAGAAGUCCAGAGGAAACCUGACCAUGCUGGUGCUGAGAGAUGACAGAAAGUUCCUGGUCAGCAUCCCUGAAGUGGAGGACAGUCCUCAAAACAGCUCCGAUGAGAGACGGGAGGACAGCAGCUCUGAGCUGGAGGAAAUUUCAGACCUGGAUUCGGACCUUCCCAUUACAAACCGAGCAUCCCGUCGCAAAGACCGAAAAUCUAACAGAAACCGGGCUGAUCCUGUGUCAAAAAAACUUGAAUCUCCUCCUCUGCGCUCAACUCUCACAAGACCUGCUCAGUCUAUGCCUCCUCGCAGAGUUCCCUCUGAGUCUGAAUCUGAUCGUAGCAACUCUCCUCCACCAUCAAGACAUGACACUCUCGAUCACAGAAACAAGGUUCUCUCUGGGUACUCCACACUGCCAAACCCUCGAGCUUCACCCAUCACCUCCUCCACCACAUCCCGGCCUCGCAGAGCCGUUUCUGAGUCAGAUUCAGACCGGAGCGCAUCUCCACCGCCCAGACGUGAGAGUCCCAGACCUGAUAACCACUCCAGAUACAAGGUGCUUCCUGAUCUCCCUCCUCCAGGUUUAAAGCCUUCGGCUCUCAGCAUGUCUCAGGAUUUUCCUCGCCGCAUGGCUUCACCUUACAGGCCUCCACCUAGAGAUGCAUCAGAGUCCGAAUCGGACGAAAGUGCCAGACCUCAACGCAGACAGGGGACUCCGGCCAGCCAAGAGUCCCGCAAUAGAUACAGGGCUGCCCCUGAAGUUAAGGCAGGAGCGGUAAUGGAGCCCCCAAAAUGGGCGAAACCCUCAACUCCUGCACAGAGAGCUCCUUCAGAAUCUGAAUCAGAUGGAAGUUACAACUCUCCACCCAGACAAGCUCCGUCUCCAGUCAGUAAAAGCUCCAGAAUCAAAGGGCCUGAAAUGCAAAUGCCAAUCACCAGCAUCCGACAGGAUCCCCCACUCAGAGCCGCUCCUGCCAGACCACCUCCUGAAGAUUCCUCUGACUCAGAAAGAGCCCCGUCACCUCUCAGGAAAUCUGACAGUCACAACAGCGAUCACAGUUUCCCACGUGCUAAUGGGACUCUCCGCUCGAACGUCUCCAUCCCCAACCACACUGCUCUUACUUCUAAAGCUGUAGAAGAACCACUUUAUGUGCUUCCACCAGACGCAGUGCCAACACCAAACCUGGGGUACAGCUCCGAUCAGAACCACAUUAGCUUUGUGAAGGAAGGCAGUGUCGGCUUGAGACUUGUGGGAGGGAAUGAUGUUGGCAUCUUUGUCGGUGGUGUCCAGCCUAACAGUCCAGCCCAAAAGCAAGGCAUGACAGAGGGUGAUCAGAUUCUGGAGGUAAAUGGCAUGGACUUUAACCAUUUCACCAGAGAAGAAGCAGCGAUGUACCUCAUGAACAUCCGUGGUGGAGAGCGUAUAGAUAUGCGGACUCAGAACAAGGCAGACAUCUACAAGAAGAUUCUGAAGUCCAACCUUGGAGACUCUUUCUACAUCCGCACGCACUAUGAUCACGUGGCGGACAGCAGCGUCGGCUUGAGCUUCACCAGAGGUGAGGUGUUCAGAGUAGUGGACACUAUGCAUCGAGGGAAGCUGGGAAGCUGGUUAGCUGUGCGCAUGGGGAAUGAUCUACACGAACUGGACAAAGGGACCAUUCCUAACCAGACCAGGGCUGAAACUCUAGCCAAUUUGGAGCAGGCACAGAGAAUUAGUGCAGCUGAACGUCAGGCGUCUGGCCCCAGGGCUGAAUUCUGGAAGCUACGGGGUCUCAGAGGGGCCAAAAAGAGUAACCGAAGAACCCGUGAUGACCUCUUGCAGUUGACGAUUCAAGGCAAAUUUCCAGCAUACGAGAAGGUCCUGUUGAAAGAGGCUAAUUUCAAACGUCCUAUCGUCAUCUUGGGACCUCUGAAUGAUAUUGCCAAUGAGAAACUGGCCCGAGAGUUGCCUGAUGAAUUUGAAGUUGCAGAAAUGGUAGCCAGGAGUGGAAAUGAUAGUUCAUCUAGUGUAAUCAAACUGGACACCGUAAGGCGGAUAGCGGAGCAGGACAAGCAUCCCUUGCUGGAUAUUACACCCACUGCCAUAGAAAGAUUGAAUUAUAUCCAGUACCAUCCUAUGGUGCUCUUCUUAGAUCCUCUUAGUCGGAAAGACGUGAAGUCUAUGAGGCAAAAAUACAUGCCAGGCUCUAGCAAGAGCUCUCGACGCCUUUAUGCCCAGGCUUUAAAGCUGAGGAAAAACUACAGCACUCUGUUUUCUGCACGUAUUGAUCUUCAGCCAAAUACAAACAUGUGGUAUGACGUUUUGAAAGACAAGAUUCGGCAACAGCAGUCUAAACCUGUCUGGGUUUCUGAAGUAGCGUUGGAAGGAGGCGCCGACGAAGAUCUUGACGCAUUUAAUCGAGCAAACAACUCUGACUACCUCAGCGGUGCCAGUGACUACGAGGACACUGAUGGUGAGGCCUUCACAGACGGUGAAGCCUACACGGACAAUGAAGACCUGGAGGAACCCUCAGGAGGCAUUGCCAGACACCGCAGCUCUGCGCUGGCUCGUUCCUCGGAGCCCGCCAGUGUUUUGAACCAUAGCCCUGAACCUCCCUAUAACCUACAUGAGGAGGAGGAGGAAGAGCCAGAGUACACCCUACCACCCAGUGAAGUACCUCCCAUCCUCCAUGUUCCAGAGCCCCGAUCUCCACGCCUUGUUGCUGGAAUACCUGAAGAACAAGAGGAUGUGCCCUCGCAGCGCAGUUUCACGGAUUCAGACUUCAGCAAUGAUGACAUAGUUCAGACACCUUCCGAUGCGCCACCCAACUUCAGGGCGCCAGAUCCCAAAGAUGUCCAGUCAAAGACUCCUCCAUUAUCAGCCAUAGAGGAGAGACUACAACAGGCUCGUAUGGCAGAACAGAUUGAGCCAGAAAGGAAACCUUCCCCUUCUUUUAUAGUACUCGCACAUCACGAAGCCAUGCAAAUGCGGAGGACACAAAUCCGAGGAAGCGACAGUGACAGCGACGAAAACGACAGAGAUGAAGACGAAUAUGAUGAAGCCGAUGACAUUGAAUGGGGACCUGCUACAGAGCUGUAAUAUACAUGGAUCACAGUACAUUAAGACCCAAAACGUGGAUAUGGACCUUUAAUCUGGACCUGUACAGUACAUUUUUUAAUACCAAACUUUUUAAUUGUCAGUGUUUUGUAUUGACUUUCGUAAUUUUGGAUCUAUUUGUGACCUGAAUUGCUUUAUUUUUGUGGGUCACAUUGUUUUAAUGGAUGUGCGAAAUAUUUCCUGUUGUUUUAAAAUAAAAAUAAAAACAUCUGGGUAUGUGUUACCAUCUUCAGCAACUAAAUAUAAUUUUUUUUAU